GCGCGGCUCUUCCACGCACUAAACAUAACCUGCAACACGGCCUACUCACAUAAACAUCAAUCAUUACUAUUACUAUACGACAAUAUGACCAUUUUAAACAAUAUUCUAAACAUUAAACAAUAUGUGAUGUGAUAUAAAACUUAAUUCCCCUACGUGUAAGUCACUGAAAUUGGGCAAAUGAAACAGGGCGAUGAAAUCAAAACAAAGGUGUAUAUCGAUUGUGUGUAUGCGGUUGUUUUAAAGUGAUUAGAUAAGAAUUUACACCUAAAAGAAGAUGUUUUGCGUAUCCUGGAACACAUCGAUAUUUGACACAGAAGUCUUAAAUCGCAGAUAGAUAUAAAAACCAUGGUCUAUGACCACACGUAGAAUUAAACACUCAUCAUUAUUUCUAUUAUCUCUUCCUCAAUCGCUUCCCCUGCUCUUUUAAUUACAAAACUUUUAUAUAGGAAAUAAAUAUACCUACUAAAUAAUAAAGCACAUAAUAAAUCAAUAACAUAUCUUAGCGACAAUAUACUAAAAUAACGUACAACAUAUUUUUAAUAUUAACUCAGAUUUUAAAGGAUAAUAAGAGGAAUAUAUUUAGGGAGUUUAAAGUAUUCAUAUCAAGUGAAGCCUUAGUGAGCAAGGAAGUAUAUAGAGCUAAAGUAAUAUCGUGCCAAAGAGAGUAGUACAAGCUUGAAGAUGUCUCACGGCGUGGUGCAGAAGAGCGAGAAGAACGGCAACGGUGCGCAGGCGCAGGAUUCGUCGCGCGACAGCACGGACAGCCCGCCGCCGCCCCCCGAUGGGGGAUGGGGGUGGAUGGUCGUCUUCGCUUCGUUUAUGAUCCAUAUUGUCACCGAUGGCAUGACCUAUUCGUUCGGCGUGUUCUAUGCAGAGUUCCUGACCUACUUCGAUGAGGGCAAAGGCAAGACUGCGUGGAUCGUGUCUAUCCUCGUAGGGGUCACACUUAGUUCGGGUCCUAUAUCAAGUUCGCUGGUGAACCGCUGGGGAUGUCGCGCGGUGACGGUGGGCGGAGCGCUCCUUGCGUCUGUGUGCGUGGUGCUGUCGGCCUUCGCGAACAACGUGCUCACGCUCAUCUUCACCAUCGGCGUCGGCACUGGCUUCGGCUUCGGCCUCAUCUACCUCCCCGCCAUCGUCAGCGUUACAGUAUGGUUCGAACGAUACAGAAGUCUUGCCACUGGAAUCGCAGUUUGCGGAUCAGGACUUGGGACAUUCUUAUUUGCUCCAAUCACAUCAGCUUUAAUAGAAAACUACGGCUGGCGCGGUGCUAUGGCUAUCAUCGGUGCCUUAAUACUGAACUGUGUGCCAUUAGGCCUUAUAUUUAAACCCGUUCCCGAGCCCCCACGAACACCCGCAUCAGAACCCAUGUUACCUAAAUAUAAUAAUAAGUCUCCACUAAAAAGAUCUCAAAGUACAGAACACGUCCUCAGAGUUAAUGGUAAGGUGGACGACAAUGAUAUCGCAAGACUGACGCUAUCCCAGCCCGCUUUAAAUAAACCACAUGAACAGAAGCCACCGCCCUCGCGCCACGGAAGCGGAAUCAUGCAAAGGCCAGACGUCUUGUAUCAAGGCAGUAUGACAAGUCUUGCCAGAUUUAGGUCUACGUCUCCUGAGAGAACAUUCCCUACGUCUGUCACGAAAGAAGAGCCUGAAGUGAAAUGUGGCUGGUUGCCUUGCUCAACAGAAUUUAAAGCAGCACUCGGAGAAAUGCUCGACCUGUCACUCCUAGUGGAUCCUAUUUUUAUUUUAUUUGCUAUAUCAAACUUUUUGACUAGUAUCGGUUUUUACAUACCGUACGUUUACACGGUACCUAUGAGUGAAUCGCUUGGAAUUGAGAAUCCACCUUACCUGAUAUCUAUAAUCGGAGGAUCCAAUUUAGUUGGGAGAAUAAUUCUUGGUUACAUAAGUGAUAAGCCUUGGGUUAACCGCUUGCUGGCUUAUAAUCUGUGCCUUACUAUCGCAGGAUUUGGCACGGCAAUGGCGAUGGCCUGCUGGGAGUUUUGGGGUCUAGCUUUAUACGCUACUACAUUUGGUUUUACCAUCGGCGCCUAUGUAGGGCUAACUUCAGUCGUACUCGUUGAUCUUCUUGGCAUCGAGAGGCUCACCAACGCAUUUGGUCUCCUUCUGCUAUUCCAAGGAAUUGCUUCUCUUAUAGGACCACCAUUUGCAGGUUGGUUGUACGACACGCUCCAUUCGUACGCGCCAGGUUUUUACGUAGCUGGCGGUACAAUAUCGCUGAGCGGGCUGAUUCUGUUCCUGAUUCCGGUGAUCGAGCGGCGACAGAAGCGGCAGUGGGAGGCGACGGCGCUGGAGCAGAUCUAGCGCAGCGCGGGCGCAACGCGCGCCUGCCCCGCCAUCGUGCUCAGCAGUCCCUCCACGCGCAGCGCCUCCACCUACAGCAACAGGGUAUACAACACUACAAUAAUAGAUGACGACAAUUAUUAUUAUGUAAAUGAGGACUUUGUAAAUAGCGAUGCGAUGGAUGAAUGCGACGA